AUGCCUCUCAGACAGCCUAAAGUCGAGCCUUUACCGCCUGGUAUAGAUCUCACCAACAAAACAGCCAUCGUCACAGGCGCAACAGCCGGCAUUGGCCUAGAACUCUCCCGCCAACUCCUCAAUCUCAAUCUAUCAACUUUGAUCCUUGCGGUCAGAAAUGCCUCCAAGGGCGAAGAAGUCAGGAAAUCACUUGAUAUUAUCAACCCUAAAGCUGUUGUCCAAGUGAUGAAGCUUGACAUGACAGACUACGCUAGUGUGAAGGCCUUCGCUGAGACGUUCAAGGGCAAGCACGGAAAACUUCACUUACUUCUGUUGAAUGCGGGGAUAUCUGAUAUCAAUUUUGAACUUGCGCCUACAGGGCAUGAGAAGAACUUUCAGGUUAAUUACCUGUCUAAUGUUCUCUUGACUUUGCUUCUUUUGCCUGCUCUUGAACAUACCGCUGAGCUUGAGGGGGCACCUACACGCAUUACAUGGACAGGAAGUCGUAUGCAUUGGCAAACAAGCCUCGCCAGCAAAGCCCCCCUCAAGAAAGACGAAGGCAUAUUUGAGCACUUUGACGCACCGGGAGUCAUUCCCUCUCUCACCCGUUACGGCGACACAAAGCUCCUUGUGCUUCUCUUCCAACACGAACUCGCGAAUCGCUACCCUCCCAAGAAAGUCAUUAUUAACCACUUCUGCCCCGGCAUGGUCGAUACAUCUUUGACGGAUGUUCUGCCCGUUUAUAUCCGCCUUCCAGCACUGAUGCUCAAAGCUCUGCGUGCAAGAUCGGUUGACAAGGCGGGAUGGAUCGGGUUACAUGCUGCGCUUGUGGUGGGCGAAGAAACGCAUGGACAGUUGUUGGGGGAUAAGGAGGUUGCGGAGUUGGGCGAUUUUGUACCGUCGGAGGAAGGGUUAAGGAUUAGGAAAUUGUUGUGGGACGAGACUGUUGAGGAGAUGAGAGAGUUGACCCAAUUGCCUUCAUGGAUGGAGUGA